AAACAUAAUAUCAGAUUUAUUGUAUUUUAAAGGAAUAAGAUUGCCUAUGAAUGAAACAAAUUAUCCAUUUUUAACGGGUUCUGGAGGAUUAACAGGUCUACCAACAUUUUCCCAGGGUUCAGAAAUUAGAGGAUCAACAGCAGUAUUUUCAUCAGCAGGAGGUACACAUGGAACAUAUAUAUCAGGUCAAGACAUGUCAGAUACAUCAGAAAAAAAAACAGGAAAAUUGAGACUAUCAUUUGUAACAGCAAGCGAUCAAGAGAAAUUUGAAAAGCUGUUUAAAUCAGCAGUUGGAGAUAGUAUUGUAAUUAGUGGGGAAAUAGCAAAAUCUAUUAUGUCUAAAUCAUGUCUUACACCAUCAGUUCUUUCAAAAAUAUGGGAACAUGCAGAUACAACUAAAUCGGGACAGCUGAUGAUGCCCGAAUUUGUAUUGGCAAUGCAUUUGUGCAAUAUGGCAGUAUCAGGAAAAAGUGUACCAGACAAGAUUCCAGAUGUAAUUUACGAUGAAGUAUUCGAUGUAGUUUCAUCAAUUUUACUUUCGGUACCAGAUUCAGCACCAUCUAAUACAAUUGCAACGAAUCUUAAAACAGUAUCAGUAUCUCAGCAUAGAGCAUCACCUUCGUCAACUACUCAAACGGCAAAACUAGUACAAAUGCCACAAACAUCAGCAGUGGCACAACCAGGAGGGACCCAAGCACAUUUUUUACAACUACCAACGAAUUUUCAGUCUUUUUCAUCUUCUACAUCAAAUAUUCAGCCUCCAGUACAUCAUACGCCAGUACAUUAUAUGGCAUCUGUACAACCAUCGCUUACAGGAUCGCUAAAUUAUCCUGCACAAUUUAAAAAUAUAACAUCUCAAGAACAAUGGGGAGUAACAGAUAGAAAUCAAAGAAAACUAUCAGGAAUCGAUGCAUUACAAUCACAAUUAAUGCCUCGAAAGGGAAAAGAAGGAUUGUCGGCAUUAAAUUUACAUACAAAUACUCAAUUAACAUGGACUAUAACAAAAGAAGAAAAACAAACAUACGAUAAUAUAUUCAAGGCAUGGAAUGGUUAUAAGACAGGCUUUAUCGAUGGACAGACAGCUGUUGAAAUAUUUACUCAAAGUGGCCUUUCAAAGAAAGAUCUAGAAUUAAUAUGGAAUUUAGCUGACUCUGAAAAUUCUGGCAAACUAAAUAUUGAUGAAUUUUCUAUAGCUCUUCAUUUAAUAUAUCUCAAAUUAAACGGCUAUGAAAUACCCUUAGAACUUCCACAAGAACUCAUGUUACAAUCAUCAAAGAAUUUCUCGGAAUCAGUUAAUCAAGUCAAAUCACUUCUACGUGACUUUAAUUCUCAGCAAAAGCAACCUGUUUCACCGAAUGUUGGAGAUUAUGUAAAAUCACCUCCAUUUAUCAAUGAUCCUUUCCAAUUGUAUCGUAAAGAAACAUCAACAUAUAAAUACAAUGAUAAUAAAAUAGGAUAUAUUCCUGUUUCUCGUCGAAAAGAACCUUUAAAAGAUUUUGAUUCGUCUUUUAUACAUACAGCGCAAAAAGAAGAACCAACUGAUCAAUUAAACAAAAAUAUUAAAAAUGAAGAAAGAAAUUUAGAUACAACUAAUAUUCAAGAUGAAAAGCAUGGAUUAGAAAUUAAAAACGAAAUAAAACAUCUCUAUCGUCAAAUUCGUCUUAUACAAGAGGAAAUUGAUAAUCAUCCAGAAUCAUCAUUAUUAUUAUAUGAUUUAGAAAAGGAACAUAAAACUCUUGUAGAAGAAUUGCAAGAUUUAUCUGAAGAGCUUCCAAGUAUUAUUUCCAAAAUUCGAAAAGUCGAGCAGGAAAUUGCAGAUGCAAAGAUAGAGCUUUUUAAACUACGUGAUGCUAAAAAUCAUCCUGAUUCAACUGAAAAAUUCAAAAAUAGCAAAGUAGUCGAUUCAAAUAGAAGGGAAACAAAAACAGCAGUAAUACUAAAAGCUCAAAUGGCAAUUCUUACAGGAAAAUCAACAUCAUUGGAAGAUAAUGAUUAUGAAAAACGUUAUACUGAAGCAAUAUUUCAUAUAAAUAAAGAAAGACAAUCCAAUGAGAAUACAAUAUCUAAUAUUGAAGAAAGCGCUGAACAGUUAAAAAACGAUUUAAAAUCUAAACUCAAAGAUUUUCAGAAUAGAUUUUUACAAAAUAAUUAUGAACGAAAAAAAUGGAAUAAAGGAAUUGAUGUUCAAAACGAAGUUAAAAAAUUUAUUCUUGAUUUAGAAAAAAUGCGCAAGCCUCAAGAAAAAAAAGAUUUAGAUUGUCUUAAAAAGGAUCAAUUCUUAAAUAGUUCUACUUUUACGGAACAAUCAAAUGUUAAUCCUUCAAAGACAAAAUAUUCCGAGUUUACAUAUAAAAAUGAUACUACAAGUUCCUUUGUUUCUAUUGAUAAAAAUAGAGACAAAGCAGCAUGGAUUAAGGCAGAAGCAGAACGUCGUAUGAAUGAACGCCUAGCAGAAAUGGGUAUCGAUCUCCAUAAAAGAUCAUCAGGAUCUAAUAAUCCUUUAACUAUUGAUAAAACACAAAUAAAUGAUAUAAAAGAAACAGAGAAAAAGGAGGAAAAUAAAGACUUUGAAAAAGAUAAAGAUUCAUUAGAGAUUAAUAAAUUUAAAGAAAUAGACCAGUAUUAUGUUCAACAAAAUUCAAUUAAAGAAAGUGCAUUAGAUCAGCAAUCAGAAAUGUUAAAUCAAGCAUUACAAAGAGAAAAAGAACUACUUGCAGAAAAAGAAGCACAAGAAGAACGUAUUAAAAAACUUAAAGAAGCUAUACAACUUAAGAACGUAGAAAAAGUAUGUGAAAUAAAAGGAAGAGAUAAAAAACAUGAUUUAUCUGAAAAGGAAAAAAAAUUACGCAAAUUAAAAGAAGAAAUGGAAAACAAAAAGCAAGAAGAACUAUUGCUUCAACGUAGACGAGCUGAAAUGGAAGAAGAAAUAAAAAAACUUUCUUUAGAAAAUGAAAAAUAUGAAAUAAAAGAAAACAAGGAUAAAUCAAAAGCCGAUUUAAUACAACCGCAACAUACAUCCAGAACUAAUCCAUUUCUUCAAUUUAGCAUUUCAGAAUCAUUUACAUCUUUAAAUAAACCAAGUAAUCCUUUUGCAAACAUGCAAAGUCAAAACAAAUCCAAUUCUUCUAUAGAUACUUCAUAUACUGCAUCAAGUGCACAACUUUAUUCAUCACCACCAAUAGUACCAGUAUUAAAAGCAUCUCAUUCUGAUGGUCAAACAGAUUCAAAUAACUGGUCUACAUCUCAAUAUACAUAUGAGAGCGAUAGUAGUGAUGAUAGUGUCAUUGCUAAAAAGAGUCCUGCUCAACUUGCAUCUAUUCUAUUUGGAAAUAUGGAGGCUAACAAAAAAUCUCCACAAACAUCUAAAACCGAUAUAUCCAAAUUACCAGCAACUGAUCUACAUACUUCUCCUUCAUCUUUACCACCUCCUCCUUUGCCUGCGAAUAUAAACUCAUCUUCUGCUAACAGAAAUGCAUUACUAAACCAAAUUCAAAAAGGCACUAAACUCAAAAAAACACCAACUAUUCAUCCACGUUCAUCUAGUAUCGUAGGAAAAGUAUAACUCUCUAUUACAUACAUAUUAAAACAAACUAAUCAUAAACAGGU